GUGUUGGAUGAAGCUAACAGAGAUGCUGAUCUGCACCAUGUGGCCUGCAACCUGGUGAAGAAGCCAGGGAACAUUUACUACAUGUACAGGCGGGAGAGUGGCCAGCGCUACUUCUCCAUCCUCUCUCCUAAGGAAUGGGGGACCAGCCCCCAUGAAUUUCUGGGUGCCUAUAAGCUCCAGCACGACAUGUCCUGGACUCCGUUUGAGGACAUCGAGAGACGAGAUGCUGAAAUCAACCUGCUGGAGAAGCUGCUGAGCAGGCAGGCAGCCCUGCCCCCGUGUACAGAGCCCAACUUCCAGGGCCUCACCAAGGCACAGGAGUGA